GUGAAUGAGGGAGCGGGCGGAGGAGGAAGUGUCAUGGCGUCGGGCCGUGGAGCUUCUUCUCGCUGGUUCUUUACUCGGGAACAGCUGGAGAACACGCCGAGCCGCCGCUGCGGAGUGGAGGCGGAUAAAGAGCUCUCGUGCCGCCAGCAGGCGGCCAACCUCAUCCAGGAGAUGGGACAGCGUCUCAAUGUCUCUCAGCUUACAAUAAACACUGCGAUUGUUUAUAUGCACAGGUUUUAUAUGCACCAUUCUUUCACCAAAUUCAACAAAAAUAUAAUAUCGUCUACUGCAUUAUUUUUGGCUGCAAAAGUGGAAGAACAGGCUCGAAAACUUGAACAUGUUAUCAAAGUAGCACAUGCUUGUCUUCAUCCUCUAGAGCCACUGCUGGAUACUAAAUGUGAUGCUUACCUUCAACAGACUCAAGAACUGGUUAUACUUGAAACCAUAAUGCUACAAACUCUAGGUUUUGAGAUCACCAUUGAACACCCACACACAGAUGUGGUGAAAUGUACCCAGUUAGUAAGAGAUCUUUGGGGGAUAGCAAGAAACAUUUGAGUGAAUGUUGUUGAAGAUUUUCAGUAGUAUAGAAAAUGAUGGCGCUCUUGUGAUAUUUGUAAGUACAAGCAAGGAUUUGGCACAGACAUCCUAUUUCAUGGCUACCAACAGUCUGCAUCUUACAACCUUCUGUCUUCAGUACAAACCAACAGUGAUAGCAUGUGUAUGCAUUCAUUUGGCUUGCAAAUGGUCCAAUUGGGAGAUCCCUGUAUCAACUGAUGGAAAGCAUUGGUGGGAAUAUGUGGAUCCUACAGUUACUCUAGAAUUAUUAGAUGAGCUAACACAUGAGUUUCUACAAAUAUUGGAGAAAACGCCUAAUAGGUUGAAGAAGAUUCGAAACUGGAGGGCUAAUCAGGCGGCUAGGAAACCAAAAGUAGAUGGACAGGUAUCAGAGACACCACUUCUUGGUUCAUCUUUGGUCCAGAAUUCCAUUUUAGUAGAUAGUGUCACUGGUGUGCCUACAAACCCAAGUUUUCAGAAACCAUCUACAUCAGCAUUCCCUGCACCAGUACCUCUAAAUUCAGGAAAUAUUUCUGUUCAAGACAGCCAUACAUCUGAUAAUUUGUCAGUGCUAGCAACAGGAAUGCCAAGUACUUCAUACGGUUUGUCAUCACACCAGGAAUGGCCUCAACAUCAAGACUCAGCAAGGACAGAGCAGAUAUAUUCACAGAAACAGGAGACAUCUUUGUCUGGUAGCCAGUACAACAUCAACUUCCAGCAGGGACCUUCUAUAUCACUGCAUUCAGGAUUACAUCACAGACCUGACAAAAUUUCAGAUCAUUCUUCUGUUAAGCAAGAAUAUACUCAUAAAGCAGGGAGCAGUAAACACCAUGGGCCAAUUUCUGCUACUCCAGGAAUAAUUCCUCAGAAAAUGUCUUUAGACAAAUAUAGAGAAAAGCGUAAACUAGAAACUCUUGAUCUUGAUGUAAGGGAUCAUUAUAUAGCUGCCCAGGUAGAACAGCAGCACAAACAAGGGCAGUCACAGGCAGCCAGCAGCAGUUCUGUUACUUCUCCCAUUAAAAUGAAAAUACCCAUUGCAAAUACUGAAAAAUACAUGGCAGAUAAAAAGGAAAAGAGUGGAUCACUGAAAUUACGGAUUCCAAUACCACCCACUGAUAAAAGCGCCAGUAAAGAAGAACUGAAAAUGAAAAUAAAAGUUUCCUCUUCAGAAAGACACAGCUCUUCUGAUGAAGGCAGUGGGAAGAGCAAGCAUUCAAGCCCACAUAUUAGCAGAGACCAUAAGGAGAAGCACAAGGAGCAUCCUUCAAGCCGCCACCACACCAGCAGCCACAAGCAUUCCCACUCGCAUAGUGGCAGCAGCAGUGGUGGCAGUAAACACAGUGCCGACGGAAUACCACCCACUGUUCUGAGGAGUCCUGUUGGCCUGAGCAGUGAUGGCAUUUCCUCUAGCUCCAGCUCUUCAAGGAAGAGGCUGCAUGUCAAUGAUGCAUCUCACAACCACCACUCCAAAAUGAGCAAAAGUUCCAAAAGUUCAGGUAGUUCAUCUAGUUCUUCCUCCUCUGUUAAGCAGUAUAUAUCCUCUCACAACUCUGUUUUUAACCAUCCCUUACCCCCUCCUCCCCCUGUCACAUACCAGGUGGGCUACGGACAUCUCAGCACCCUCGUGAAACUGGACAAGAAGCCAGUGGAGACCAACGGUCCUGAUGCCAAUCACGAGUACAGUACAAGCAGCCAGCAUAUGGACUACAAAGACACAUUCGACAUGCUGGACUCGCUGUUAAGUGCCCAAGGAAUGAACAUGUAAUAAUUUGUUUAGGUCAAUUUUUCCUUUACUUUUUUAAUUUAAAAAUUGUUAGAAUGGAAAAAUUCCUUCUGAUCUAGCAGUGGUAACCCCUGCUGUUGCUGCCACUGCUUCAAUAUUUGUAAGUGCUGCUUUAUUCUUCAUUCUGAAAAGAAGAGAUUAUAGUAAACAAGUCUUUAUCUCCACAUAUGAUAGUGUUAUAAAUACUGUAAAAGCAUGGAAGGUGCAAAACUCAGUAUUUCUACAAUUGCAGCUAAGAACAUUAGGAUGAAUGGCUGGCUGCUUCUAGGAAUAUAAGAUGCCUCAAGCAUUCAUUAUUUAUGAUUUGAAUACUGUAGCUAUUUUUUGUUGUUGCUUGGCUUUUGAAUGAGUGUAAAUUGUUUUCUUUUGUGUAUUUAUACUUGUAUGUAUGAUUUGCAUGUUUCAAAGAUAAAGGGAUAAAACAGUAUACUGAUAACUGUUUACAAGAAAGUGGAGAAAAAUGUACAUACAUUUUUGUAUGUUUAGAUAUUACCAUAAAUACUCAGGAUUGGAGCUGCUUGUAAGUAUAACAAUAUACAGAAUAACUUUAUUUUAUCUUGUCAGAGUCCAUCACUAAUCUAAAACAAAGGUGGCACUUUUUUACGUUAACCUUAAACUCUAGGCCUUACUGGAAGCCACUGAUAGGGGACACUUCACUACCAGAUGUGUAUGCAGUGCCACAGAUGGUCACGUACACUGUGAGGCACUGAAAUUUUGCCUUCAGAGGUUCUGACCAGAUUGGCUGCUGAAAUAGCCCCUAACUUUCUGAAGGCUUGAAGAGGAAAAAAUAAAGUUUACAUACUCUUGAUGUGAAGUGCAUUUAAAUGUUUGUUGGCUUGUUGCAGUUCUAUGAAACAGAGCUGUUAAUAAUGGUUAUGUGGAUUACUGUGAUUUGAAAACUAAAUUCACAAUAACUUACCUAGUAGAGACUUAGUGAGUUGUUUCCUUUAAAGAAUUUUACACUACAUAUUUUAGCAGUAAACGGGGAUCACUUUUCCUUUAGCAUUCAGAAUGACACCACAUUCUUAAAUAUACUCCUUCCCUGAAGCGUGUUUGUGUGUGAUGCCAUAUUUCUUUUUCAGGUAAAUGUAGUCUUCCUUAUAAAAAUGAAAUUAAACCUAUGCUCUCUCAAUUCUUUUAUAUUCUAACAAUAAAUAAAAAAGAAAAGAUUACUGACUGUGCAUUGUACCUGUAUUUAUAGUUAUGGUUAUCAGGAAGCUCUGUAAGAAAGAAGAGGUCAGCCUCCUAGGCAAACCACUAGUGGAGGUUUUACAUUUGUUUGCACAUCUCAGUGUAUUUCUGUUGAGGUAAAGUUUGCACAGUCAUCUGACUUCUGAUCAAACAUUGGAUUUUAACUUGUUUAGAUUUUGUCCUAAACACCAGUAAUAUGGCUCUUGUUUAUCAGCUAAUCUUGAAUUUAUUCUGUGGUAAAUCUUUGAGUUGAGUAUAUUUGAGAUUGAUUGGAUUCAACCUCUUGUUGAACUGAAAACAAUUUUUUUUUCUGUAUUUUUGUUACAAAGCCACUGAUAUGUGCACAAUUGUAAUUUUACUCAAGUAUGUUGCAGUUUGUAAAUAUUAGAGUUUAAUCUUGUGCUCUACCUUUAUUUAGCAAUUAUCUAAUAGCUUUAUAAUUUUUAAAGAUAAUUGUUCUUUAUUUUGUCAAUGUUAUUUGAACUUGGGGUACUUAGGAGCCUCUUUGUAGGGACUGUGCCUAGGUAGCAUGUCCUAACAUUUGUUCUUGUCUUGCAUAACUUUAGUGAUCUUUGUCAUUAUAUGUAACUUUGUUGCUCUGUAUGGCAUAAUAUUGUAUCCAUAAACAUGGUAAUUUUGAUACAGUUAUACUUUUACAGUGGUACAUAAUCCAAGGACUAGUAUAGAAUUAAGCGAGUGCAAGAUGAGGGAGGGAAGGGCUUUCUUGAUAAUUUAGAUGUGAAACCUCUACAAGAGUUAUCAUGUAAAAACUACAUAAGGUGGUUGUGCUACUGUAUAAUUGGGGGUGAUAAUACCAGGAAUUUUAAUAAGAUUUUGUAAAGAAUAUCCAGAAAAGUAGUGAACUUAUUUUCAGUAGACAUAGAUAACAAUGUGAAUAUUUAAGGUCUGUGACUAUAGUUAAACUUCACUAAGAAUUUGCAGAAUUGUUUUGAGAUGUGGGAAUAAAGGUAAUUUUAUUGAAUCUUCAUUGGUGCUAAUGAUGGACAGUUAAAAAGAUAGCUAGUGUAUAUUGUUAUGGGUCAGUACUUAUUAGUACUUCCAAAAUUGAAUUUGAAAUGCUAUGUAUUCACUUUUCACUCUGUAAAUGUAAUUCUUUACAAUGACUUUAUUUAUUAAAGGGCAGCCAGUUGUCAUUUUUACAGGAUUGUGUGAGCUAUUCAAACUCCUUAACCCCUGAACAGGAUAUUAAGCUUCCAGAAUAACAAUGGGAAUAAAUAUGGAAUCCUUUUUAAGUUUUAUUUCCAUUAAACAGAAACCCUUAUAAUUCAUACUAUCAUGAAUUUGUUUUAUCCAUCUCAUUUGCAUAACAGUUCAUCUGCCUGGUCCCACUAGGCUCUACCAAAGAAAAAGACUCUGAUGAGUGGACAUUAUUACUGUGACUCUUGCAAGUAGCCAUAAAUAAACCAAAAUAGAAUCAAAUUUAGGUAUGAAAUUCCACAUGUGCAAAGUACUGUUAAGGUGAUAACAUUUUUGAUGAGAUUUUUAAAAAAAUAUUUGAAAUAUUAAAAAGCAUUAUCUUUGAACGUCCUUUAAAAGAGUGAGUCAUUUUUAAGUUGUGUUUUCCCUAGAUCACUGAUUUGUUACCUUUACACAGAAGCACGUUGCAAAGAAAGGCUUUACUUCUACCUCUUCCAGCUAGUUUUCCAAUAUUGAACUGUGUCCCUCUAAAUAUUUGCCUUAGCUAUUUCAAAAUAGAUAUUUUCAGAACCAAAGCAAAGGGGUGAUUUGUUCACUGAAACAUUCUUAAGAGGCCUACUUAACAGGCAGUAGUAGUCUGUAGUGGUAAAACCUCACAGUUUCUUAAUUGCAGGUAUGUAAAUACCAAAAAAGUCCUGUUGUCAGCCAUAGAUUUAUCUUUGAAAGCAAUUAAAUGUGCACCUUGGUCUUCCUCUGUGCAGAUUCGUUCUGGUUAAAGUUCUUAUUCAGAGUCAUCUAAAAGAAAUUUCUAACAUGAUGUAUGGUUUCUUGAA